GCCCUCCGUCCGUCGUUCGCGUUCUCCUUUCUCCCCCUUCUUCCUCACUACGUCCCGCCGCACGCCCCCCGACACGUGAUCUCCUCCUCCGCCUCUCCGGGGAAAAAGAAACCCCUGAACCUCGAUUGACGCGGGCUAAACCCUAGACGGCGGCCUCCGCAGCGGCAGCGUACCACCCCUUGGUGCCGUCGCCAGAACCGCUCGCUCUAGGGUUUGGCUUGUCCCCGAUGGCCCCCGAGGACGGGUUGCCGGAGGCGGAAGACGGUUUCAGGGCUCCAGCGCAGGUGGCGGUGCCCAUGAGUGCCCCGCCCGAGUCUGCCGUUGGGGUUUCCAGAGAUUCUCUCCGAGUUCUCGAGUUGUUGAAGGAUCUUGGUUCUGAGGUGUCAGAAGAAUUGCUUGUGUUGAUGCCAAACUUGUUGUCAGCUUUAAGACACCAAGAUCCAUUUGUUGUUAAGCAGUCAAUUGCUAAUGGGACAGCUUUAUUUGGUGCUGUUUUAGAAGAAAUUGCACUCCAGCUCCAUGGUUCUAGUAAAAUUGAGCAUUGGGUUGAAGAAAUGUGGUCUUGGAUGGUUCAGUUCAAGGGGGCAGUCUGUGGGGUUCUGAUGGAGCCUGGAUCAAUUGGAAUCAAGGUGCUUGCUGUAAAAUUUAUUGAAACCUGUAUAUUGUAUUUCUCGCCUGAUGAGAAGGAUGGUGGAGUACUAUUUACUGAAGCAGGAAAAGGAAGGAGAUUUAAUGUCUUACAUUUGAUCAGAGGUAAUUCAAUUCUCAAUCCAGCUAUGCUGGAAAUUGAAGCAGACAGAACACUUGACCUUCUUCUGGAUCUUCUGCACUUGGCUAAUAAUCUCCGUGGUUCUUUGGUCAUUGCUGUCAUUAACAGUCUUGCAAGCAUUGCGAAGAACAGGCCUCUUAGGUACAAAGUUAUUCUCUCUGCUCUGCUUGCCUUUGAUCCUAAUUUUGAAAUUCAAAACGGUGGUCACGCUUCAAGCAUCCGAUAUUGUCUGAGAACUGCAUUUGUAGGAUUUCUACGGUGUAAUCAUCCAUCAUUCACUGAGUCAAGAGAAAAGAUAAUAAGGGCAUUGCGAGCAAUAAGCCCAGGUGAAUCGAUUGAUCAAGUUCUUCGACAAGUGGAGAGAAUGUCGAGAACUAUGGACCGUGUAUCCCAUGAUGUUCGAGUCAGUAAGGGUGAUCCACUAUCCAUUCAAGAGUCUGUAUCUGGAGAUGUUACUAGGAAUAAGACUGUAUUGCCACCUAGUGAUGUUCUUUCUGAGGAGUUGCCUGCCAAGAGGAUACGGUUUGAUAUGCCUUUUGAGACAGCACAUUCUACUCAAAUGGCAUAUGACUUAGCAGAUGAUAAUGAUGAUGAUGGAAAUGGUAAUUAUUCCUCAAGCAUAUCUCUCGUGGGUAGUGACUUGUCACCUGCUGAAAAGAUGAUUGCCAUGAUUGGUGCGCUGCUGGCUGAAGGAGAAAGAGGUGCUGAAUCGCUCGAGCUUCUUAUAUCAAAUAUUCACGCUGAUCUUAUGGCUGAUAUAGUUAUAGAAACUAUGAAACAUCUUCCAAAGAACUUAGUGGUAGCAUCUGUCCGGCAUAAUAAUGGAUCAUCAAAUGAAGAGACUUCCUUGCCCAGCAUUUCGUCGCAGGUGUUAUCAACUACUGCAACAGAUCUUUCUGCACCGACUUCUUCAUUACCUUCUGAGCUGGCAACAUCUUCAGUUGGUGCUAAUGGAUUCAGCGUAACACCUGAUGUGUCUUCUUUCUCUAGUCUUUCUACCGAGUCCAAGCGGGACCCCAGGAGGGAUCCUCGCCGCCUUGAUCCCCGUCGAUCAGUGGCAUUUGGUAAUUCACACUCUGUGUCCUUAAACUUGGAAAAUAGCCAUGAUAUGCAGCCUGUGCCAUCUCAGUUAUCCAGUAAACCAGUUGCUAUUUCAGAAGCCAUCAAAAUUGAACAUUCUUCUUCGUUGUUGGCUUCUAAACUUGAUGUAGAGCCCUCUGAUGAGCCAGUUGGUCAGAAUCAGAUGAUUGAGAAAUUGCAAACAACAGAAACUUCGGAAGUUCAGGAUAAUGUUAUGAUAGUGGAUCAAUCUUUGGAUGAUACACCACCCAACUUGGAGAUUUCUCCUGUAGAAUCUAUUGAAGAACAACUGGCAGCAUCUACACCAUCAGACGCUACUGCCAAUGAAGGUGUUGUUCAUAACCUUUCAGAAUGUGAUGAGUUUUCUUCACCUGAUGUUAAAUCAUUGACCCCUGAGGAUAAUAGUCAUGAUUUGACCACACAUCCACCUCUUGUUGAAUUAAUGGAUGAGCAGAAAAGUGAACUGCACAGGUUAGCAGUUACACGGAUUGUUGAAGAUUACAAGCAUCUCCAAGUUACAGGAUGUGGUCAAGCAUGCCUUCCUUUGCUAGCACGUUUGGUUGCACAGACUGGGGCUGAUGGUGAUGUUGUUAAGUUUUUACAACAGCAUAUCAUAUUGGGUUACCAUCAUCAUAAGGGGCACGAGCUUGCAAUGCAUGUUCUCUAUCACCUGCAUGCAAUUAUGAUUUCUGAAUUAGAUGAUUGUUCUUCCUCAGCUGCUAGUAGUUAUGAGAAGUUUCUUCUGGGAGUUGUAAGGACAUUGCUGGAUUCCUUGCCCGCUACAGAUAAAUCAUUUAGUAAACUGCUUAGCGAAGCUCCAUUUCUACCUGACUCUUCAUUGAAAUUGUUGGAAGAUUUGUGUCAUUCAAAUGGUUAUGAGCACAAUUUAGGAGAAAAUCGUGAAGGUGAUCGUGUCACUCAAGGUCUUGUUGCUGUAUGGAGCUUGAUUUUGGGACGUCCUCCUUAUCGACAAACUUGUUUGGAUAUUGCUUUGAAGGUUUAUAUUUCUUACCACAGUAACUAAAUGUAUCAGAAUGUCUAUGAAUUGCUCAACUAUUAC